CAGAUCUCACCCCCUCCACAACUUGAGGAAGAAAAGUUAACGGGAGUUUCAAUUAGUUUUUAGUAUUUUUUGCUGGGUGGGGGAGGCGCAAGUUGGAAUGGACUCGUUGAUCCAAUUCUGCCGAAGGUGAAGGGAGAGGAGAAGGCGUCUGAAAUAACGAAUUCGAAAACUGGAUGAAGAGGAACGCGCUGGACUGAUCUCGGCCGGUGUCGGACAUGGGAACCGCCACCAUCUCCAGCAGCUUAGGGGUCCUGCUCUACUCCUCGGUCCUCAGCUGUGUCCAUGCUCUGGUUGAUGCAGAUGAUGUCAUUACUAGAGAUGAACAGAUUUACCUGCUGCUUCAUGCUAAACACAAGUGUGAACAGAAGUUGAAGUCCAGGAUAAGUAAAGCUACUGAAGGGUAUUGUGCUCCCCAAUGGGAUGGUAUCCUUUGCUGGCCAGAAGGACCACCAGGCAAAUUGGUUCCAAUGCAGUGUCCGGAUUACAUAUAUGAUUUCAACCACCAAGGCCAUGCCUAUCGGCAGUGUAACAUGAAUGGGAGCUGGGAGCUUGCAACAAACAACAACCGAACGUGGGCAAAUUACACAGAGUGUUCAAGGCACCUUCCGCAUGUGAACCAGAGUACAGAAGAGGAUAUUUUUUAUCGUCUGUACCUCAUUUACACAGUGGGGUAUUCUGUCUCAUUUGGCUCGUUAACCGUGGCUGUUAUUAUACUGGGCUACUUCAGACGUCUUCAUUGUACCAGGAACUACAUCCACAUCCACCUCUUUGUGUCUUUCAUGCUCCGAGCCAUCAGUACCUUUGUGAAGGAUGCAGUGCUAUACUCAAAGACAGCAUUCUUAGAUAUGGAAGGGGUUGACUGGGAGAGCCUGAAAUCCAUAACUGAAUCUCCUCCAUCUCAAGACAAGUCUGAGUAUAUUGGAUGCAAGGUGGUUGUCAUCAUUUUCCUCUACUUUCUGGCUACUAAUUACUACUGGAUUCUGGUGGAAGGCCUCUAUCUCCAUAGCCUCAUCUUCAUGACAUUUUUCUCUGAUAAGAAGUAUCUCUGGGGCUUCACCUUAAUUGGCUGGGGGGUUCCUGGUGUGUUUGUGGCAGCAUGGACAAGUGUGAGGGCGACUCUGGCAGACACACAGUGCUGGGAUCUAAGUGCUGGGAAUUUAAAGUUGAUUUAUCAGCUACCUAUUUUGGCUUCAAUAUUGGUAAACUUCAUGCUUUUUAUCAACAUUAUCAGACUCUUAGCAACAAAACUGAGAGAGUCUAAUGUUGGAAGGUGUGAUACCCGUCAACAGUACCGGAAGCUGCUGAAGUCGACUCUGGUCCUGUCUCCUUUGUUUGGAGUACACUACAUUGUCUUCAUGGCUAUCCCUUACACUGAGGUGUCUGGGAUUCUCUGGCAAAUCCAGAUGCAUUACGAAAUGUUCUUUAAUUCCUCUCAGGGUUGCUUUGUGGCUGUUAUCUACUGCUUUUGCAAUGGAGAGGUCCAGAGUGAGAUCAAAAAAGCAUGGGCCCGUUGGAUUUUGGCGCUUGACUUCAAACGCAAAGCUCGGAGUGGAAGCACUGCCUACAGCUAUGGGCCAAUGGUGUCACACACCAACAACAGCAUCAGUGCCAACAUGACCACCCGGGCACCACAAGCUCUCCACCUCAAUAGCCGAAUGGGUGGCGGGUUACUCAAUGGACACUGGAACUUGCCGGGCUAUGUGAAAAGCAGCUCCGUGUCUGAGAACUCACACCCCUCUUCCCUUCCAGAGCAGUAUGGCAAGGACGAUGAGAAUGGCAAGUCUCCAGCAUCCAACAAACCUUCGUUGGUCAUCAAGGAAGAGAGGGAAACUGUAAUGUAACUGAUGGACACACAUAAGAAACUCCAUUUCCAACUGCACACCACAACUGUUAGAGACUGGCACUGGACUGGCUCAUUUCUGCCCACACUGGAAUGGGUAGUCUCCCCAAAAUGGAAAAGACACGAUAAUUGUGAAGAGAGGUUUAGGAAGACAUGACAUAGCUGACUUCAUCAUGCAAUCCUUCCACCUGCUAAAGGUUGUCUGGACCUUUGAAUACUUAUUUAGACCUUAGUCAAGCACUGUUCCACAACAUCCUCACAAGUGCCAGCAUUCUGUGGCUAGACUCAAAACACCAUUGGUGACACUCAUUGCUUUACACAGCCUGAAUCUACAAGAGUAAGUCCUUGAUGCCAGUACUUCUCAGUUUACUCAGCCCAAUAUGGUUGACCAUAUUAAGCUGAACAUAAUCUGAUUAAACUCAUGGGAGAUAGAAAGUCAUCAAUUCCCUUUUACAAAAUAAAAAGUGAAAAUGCUGGAGAUACUCAGCAGGUUAGGCAGCAUCUGUGGAGAGAGGAACAGAGUUAACAUUUUGGGUUGAUGAUCUAUCAUCAGAUCCCCUCCUAUCUUUAUUGUCAGUCAGAUUCAGCAUUGGGACUGAAUGAUUAAAAAAUUUGCCCGGCAAAGCUGUAUUUUUUUGGUGAGGAUAUCUGGAGGGAUUAGUUGAUACCAGAGGAAAGGGUCUGAGAGAGAGAGCCUCAGCAAAAUCAUGUGAUAGUUGGAGUUUAAAACAUACCCCAUCCUAUUUUUAUAGAGUUUGCAGAUGCACUGCUACAAAGAGCUGCAGAGUUCCAUCUCAGGUGUGAUAACAUCCUGGAAAUCUUGUACUGAUAUUGGGCCUUUUUCAUUUUAGACAUUUAGCAAAAAAAUUCAGAAAUUAUGGGUAACAAACUGAUCCAGUAAUCAACAUCAGAACAGAUCCUCAAUAAAAGAAACCUGGGAAGAAAUUAGAAUUUAGACAGUGCUGAGGUGAAAACCAAUCAAACACUAUCUAAAGGACCAUGAGUUAAUGAAACUGCAAGAUUCACAGUUAUAUUUAAUGUGUUGAGUUGGAUAGUAGUCUCUUCAGUAAAAUAAAACCACAAUUAAAACCACGAUCUUCUUCAUAAACUAGGUGUUGCUAUAUAUGCAUGUAUUAGGUUCAACUGACUUUAUGUCCACUUGUUGUCCAGUGAAACUAAUUGAAGUGCAUUCUAAACAUGCCUGGUUGUUGUUUCUGGUUGAGUUUGUGAUGUUAAUGUUGUUUGGUUGACAAUUGUGAGAAAAAGGGGUAAAUUAUUAUUUAUUGUUAAUAUUUUUAAC